GACCAGAAGGAGAUAAGCAGAUAUACUCGAAGAAGUCUCCCCUUGCUAAGCAUGUGGACAACCCUACGGAGAUCUAUCAGUGUGUCAGCUGUUCAAAAUGCUCGCGUUUCCGAAACUAGACGACCUUUCGCUAUCCUUGAGGAUUCGGAUGUCACAUUCCUCCAGAGGUUGCUGGGGAACCGCAACGUGGUUACCGACACGGAUGAUUUGCAGAAACACAACAACGACUGGUUGAAUGUGUGUCAAGGAAAGUCGCGGCUGGCCUUGUAUCCAAGCUCAACAAAUGAAGUUUCCGAAAUUCUUCGGUAUUGCAACUCCAGGAAGUUGGCAGUCGUCCCUCAAGGUGGGAACACCGGCCUGGUUGGCGGCAGUGUUCCGGUUUUCGAUGAGAUCGUUCUGAGCACCCACAAGUUGAACCGCAUCCAUGAAGUCGCUGAGCUCACUGGGGUGGCUGUCGUGGACUCCGGCGUAGUGUUGGAAAAGCUCGACCAACACAUUGCCCCAAUGGGUUUCGCCGUGCCUCUCGAUUUGCCCUCGAAGGGCUCCUGUCAGAUCGGUGGAGCCAUUUCCACGAACGCGGGUGGGGUUCGUCUGAUCAAAUACGGUUCGCUGCACGGCAGUGUUCUCGGGCUGGAGGCCGUGCUCGCCGACGGUACUGUCCUGCACGGGCUAAACAAAAUGCGCAAAGACAACACGGGGGUCGACCUGAAGCAGCUGUUCAUUGGUUCGGAGGGCAUUCUGGGCGUGAUCACUCAGGCGGCGUGGCUGUUAGCCCCGAGGGCCGCUUUCAACAGCGUGGCCAUAGUCGGAUGCGAUAGUUUUGAGAACGUCCUCAAGGUUUACAAAAAUGCGCGAGGCGAUCUCUCCGAGUUCCUGUCCGCCCUAGAGAUGUUCGAUGUGGACUCUCUCAGAUGCACCGAAGAGAACUUGGUCAUGAAAAAUCCUCUCGGCGAGUAUUUUCCGUUCUACGUCUUAAUCGAAGUCCAGGGUAACAAUCACGGCUUCGUUGAGGAAGCUCUCCAUUCCUUCGUGGAAAAAGUUCUCGACUCCGGCAUGAUUUCCGAUGGGGUUGCCGCCAGUGACGGCAAAGGCAUCCACGACCUCUGGCAGUGCCGGGAGCGGAUCUCGGAAUCGAUCCGACUGGACGGUUAUGUGUUCAAAUACGACAUGUCGGUCCCCCUGGAGAAAUACUUGGAUCUGGCAAAACUCUUGAAACCCCGGAUCGACGGACUUGCCAAACGAAUUUGUGUCUUUGGUCAUAUGGGGGAUAGCAAUGUACAUUUGAAUAUCACCGCCGAGGAAUACAGCGAUGAAUUGCUCGCUCUGAUCGAGCCUUUCGUGUACGAGCAAACUGUGGAGAUGGGAGGAAGUAUCAGUGCAGAACACGGAAUCGGGCUCCUCAAGAAAAAAUAUCUCCCGUUACAGCGCGACGUUCAGUGGCUCAAAACAAUGCGGAGUUUGAAACACUCACUCGACAGCAAUGGCAUACUGAACCCGUACAAAGUGAUCUAAUCGCGUGAUCUCUUGUUUCGAUUGGUCGAAAUCGUUUCGCGUACGACCCCGAUUAUCGUGGCCGCGUGACGCGGCAGUUUUCCUCGACUGCGGAGUUUCGAGGAGACUGCCUCAGAAACUCAGUUUUUCUCUUAACACGACUCCCAAUCUCCAUCGGCGGGAUAUCUGUAUAUGUUACGGCGGAAAAUU